CUGUUUAAGCCGGCCCUAAAUAAAAUUUAUUUGAGUUGUUGAUUUCAUCGUGACAUCCUUUGGAAUAACCAAAGAAAAUCCUACCCAUCACAUCAUCCUUCAUGCCAUCAUCUGUCUUAUAUUUCAAUUGAUAUUCAAGUAAUUCAUUUGCUACCUUAUGACAUAGCUCUGCAAAUGCCAUGCCGAGUCCACCAAUUCCACGCUCCUCAUCACCCAAAACUCCCACUAUUAUCCCUCCUCCCUCCAGCCGCUCUGCUUGUUCCGCUCGCUCCCAACCCAAACUCUCCUAUCGGCGACUUGGAAACUUUAUAAUCCCUGGAAGGAAGAGCAGCGAUUCCUGCUCCAAGCAUUCCGACUUAACGGAGCAGGGUCUCGAGGCCCAUAAUAGAAGACACGCGCCCAUUCUUCAUAAUACAAUCACUGCCCAUGAAAAGAACUCGAAAUGCAGUCCCUACUACAAAGGACUUACUGAUGCGUCCCUUGUCAUCAAUCGUGAAAGAUUUGCAUCUAGUCCUGGACGUGAAAGUCAUGCCAUCACCAUGGCCACUUCUUCUUCCAGCUCUCUUUCCUCUUUCAUGCUCAGGAUGCAAGGAUGGAGUUCUUGCUUUACCUUUAAAUCACUAAAUCCUACUACCUCUGUUCCACUAAUAAACCAUAAUCAUCCUACUUUCUCUUCAUAUUCAAUUUCAACUAAGACACCAACAUCAACUUCGGUUAAGGAGAUGAAUUUGAAUAAAGCGGAGAAGCCAUUGAGGGAGAGAGUAUCAGAAUCAUCCACAACCCCAUCCAGAGAUACAAAUGAGUUUGUGUGGGCAGACAAGUACCAGCCCAAAACUUUAAAAGAAUUUAUUUGCAAUCGAGAUAAAGUGAUUCAACUUCAGGGCCUGGUGGAAGAGGGAGGAUGCCGGAAUUUUAUAUUUGAAGGACCACCAGGGGCGGGAAAAAGAACCAUGAUUUGUGCUAUGCUUCGAGAAGAAUUUGGACCGGACACAGUCCAGACCAGGGAGGCGUCCAUGGUGUUCGACUUGAAGGGAGAAUUAAUAAGUAGUAUCAAAGUAAAUGUAAAGGAAUCUGUCCAACAUGUAGAAGUUAAUGUCUCUGAUUUAAAAGGAUAUGAAAAGCAUGUCAUUCUUGAACUUAUGAAGGAAAAACAAAGCAAGCUAUCAAAUAAAGGUUUGCAGUCAAACCCUGACAACAGCAAAGCAAUUAUUUUAUGUGAAGCAGACAAGCUAUCAACAGAUACCUUGCUAUACAUCAGGUGGUUAUUAGAAAGGUAUAAAGGGUUAAAUAAGGUUUUUUUCUGCUGCUCUGAUGCCUCAAAGCUUCAACCCAUUAAGUCGCUUUGCACUGUUGUUCAGCUUUUUCCUCCUUCGGACGAAGAGAUAGUUAAAGUUCUGGAAUUUAUAGCUAAGCAAGAAGGCGUAGAAUUACAACAAAAAUUUGCUGAAAAUUUUGCUAACAAAUCCAAGAAUAAUCUUCGUCAAGCUAUUCGCUCAUUUGAGGCCUCUUGGCAGAUGAAUUAUCCGUUUAAGGAUGACCAACAAAUAUUAACUGGCUGGGAAGAUGUCAUUACAAAUAUUGCCAAGAAAAUUAUUCAAGAGCAAAGCCCAAAACAGUUAUAUAUUAUCCGGGGGAAGCUUCAAAAUCUAAUAGAGCACGACGUUUCUCCUGAAUUCAUUUUCAAGUCUCUUGUUGAAGAACUAAAAAAGCAUUUGGAUGUGGGAUUACACAAUUGUAUUGACAAUUUAUACGGUGAUUACAAUAUAGACGAUAGAAGGAUGUUUGACGACGAGAAGCCAUUUGUCUUUGCACGCAGUAGUCGACAUGAGGAAAUUGGAAAGAGGUUAAACGACCCAGUGAGAAAGAAUGCUGAACAUUUUUUUAAGAUCGAAGAGUUUAUAGCGAAGUUCAUGAGCAAGUAUAAAACAGAAGUGACACAUAAUAGAAGUGAGCAACAGGAUACAGGACAACCGCAUAUAAGGUCAUCUGCAAAUGUUGGGCUCAUAUAGACGUCCUCGCUACAGGGACAUGAAUCAAGAUGUCAUUGCAACAAUAUGUUGUUGUUUGGCACACCUGAAAACGUAACAAAGGAACAAAGUGAAAUAAGUUGACAGUUCAAACAAUUGAUGAGACUAGGACAAUUCUAAAGAAGUUUUGUGAAUAUAACUUAGACAUUUUCCGUGGGUGGAAUUAUCGUUUUUGUCUUGAAUACUAGAACUCGAGAACCUCAA